AUGAGACCUACUUUUUUUAGACUUCAAAGCCUUGGGGCCAACAGCGCCAAGUCUUCAACUAAUAUGCCCAAGGAUAUUCCGUUUUAUGCCUCAAAGAGGAACCUUGCCAUCAAUGCUCUAGUGACCUCUUUGUAUGGGUACGGGCUUUACGCUUUUUAUAAGGAUUAUGUUAUUACGAGAAACACAGCUUCCCAUAAAGCCAAAACUACCAACGCCGAAGUCCCAACUACUUACUACGGAAGGGUCGAAGAGGUUCAUGAUGCCCCCAACCGUUUGUUCCACUCUGAACAUGAGGACAGAAACUUGGACCGUUCGACCAUGAGACGAGUAUUCCAUUCCCUCACGUAUGGGGAUAUGUCUCAAUUUACUGUUGCAUGGGGGUUUUUAAUCCAACUUUGUAAUACGAUGCAUUCCGUUUAUGGUACGAAAUCUAUGAUCUUUAGAACCAGUCUACUAGGUGUUGCUGCCUUCCCGCCGGUUCUUUACUACCUCUACAGAUUGAGACUAUUCAAUCUUGAGGCAAAAGGUGUAGUGAUCAACUAA